AUGUUCAAGAGUGGCUGUAAUUACAACAAAUUGAAGACAAAUCUUCGACUGACCAUCAACAGGUUGAAAUUGUUGGAGAAAAAGAAGACAGAAUUGGCUCUGAAAGCUAGAAAAGAGAUUGCUGAUUAUAUUUCAGGAGGGAAAGAUGACAGGGCCAGGAUUAGAGUUGAACAUAUUGUCAGAGAGGAUUAUCUGGUUGAAGCCAUGGAGUUAUUAGAGAUGUACUGUGAUCUGUUACUGGCAAGAUUUGGUUUAAUUCAAACACAAAAGGAGAUAGAUCCUGGACUGGAAGAAGCUAUAGCCAGUUUAAUUUGGGCAACACCAAGACUUCAAGCUGAUGUUCAAGAAUUUAAACCUAUUGCUGACGAGUUCACAGCCAAAUAUGGAAAGGAAUUUGGACAAGCGUGUCGAACAAAUGCUUUGAACAAUGUCAGUGAGAAAGUUAUGCAUAAAAUGAGUGUCCAAGCUCCUCCCAAGACUUUGAUUGAAAGAUAUAUGGUUGAAAUAGCCAAGACUUACAAUGUGCCUUUUGAACCAGAUGCAUCAGUUAUGGCCCAGGAUGAAAUAUUUGCUGCCGAGAAUAUGUUGAUUGAUUUUGGUGAUGGUAAGAAGGGGAAUAACAGUGGAGGAGGACCAAGUGGUGGAAUGGGAGUCAUGCAGCCAGGAGCUGAUAAUUCAGCCUGUAGUGCGGGACCUUGUGGACCAGCUGGAGCUUCAGCACCAAUGCCACCUUACCCUCAGCAAAAUUCAAACCGUGCACCACCACCUUUACCUAAUGUUCCUCCAGCAAAUUCAGAAAAUGUUUACCAUACGCUAUACCAAGACGAGGCCCCACCCCCAGAUUAUAACCAGUUCAAACAACCAAAUGGUAUGCCACCAAAUAAUCAAGUGUAUGAUAAUUCAGCACCCCCACCAGGAUUUAAAAUGGACAGUUUCCCUGAAUUACCCACAGUCCCUAAUAACACCCUCCCUGAUGUAGGCAACUCAGUGGGUGGCACAUCAGCUGGGGGCGAUGAUGUUAAUUUUGAUGAUUUAACAAGGAGAUUUGAGGCUUUGAAAAAGAAAAAGUAA